AUGCUAUUCAAAAAAUCACCAAAACCUGAACCAGAAGAGGCAGGAGGGAAUCCGGCCACAACGAACGUAGCAAAGUCGCAGCCUCAACCUAGCAAAGAUGGAGAAUAUCCAUCAACUGGGAAAGCUGCUGUGGUUAUCAUUGCAAUGAUGGCAGUCAGCUUUCUCGUGGCGCUGGAUCGAACCAUCGUUGCCACCGCUAUCCCUGUCAUCACGAACCAUUUUGACUCCCUGAACGAUGUCGGCUGGUAUGCAUCUUCUUACUUACUCACCACAUCUACCUUUCAACUAUUGUUCGGCCGAGUAUACACCUUCUAUGACCCCAAAUGGGUCUAUCUGUGCUCCAUCACGCUCUUCGAACUCGGCUCCUUAGUGUGCGGCAGCGCACAGAGUUCCACCGCUCUGAUCAUCGGCCGCGCCAUCGCGGGCAUGGGUAGCGCAGGCACCAUGUCCGGUGCUAUUGUGAUUAUGGUGCAUGUUGUGCCGCUGGAGAAACGCCCUGCCUUGAUGGGAUCUUUUGGCGCCGUCUUUGCCAUCGCUUCGGUUAGUGGUCCACUGCUCGGUGGUCUCUUCACCGACAAGGUCAGUUGGAGAUGGUGUUUCUACAUCAACCUGCCGAUCGGAGGGUUGACUAUGAUACUCAUCUAUUUCAUUCUCCACUUACCAGACCAUGUUCGUCAGGAUAAAUUGUCUUGGAAGACCAAACUCAACAAGCUCGACCCUGUCGGCACGGCCUUCUUUAUGCCAUCCAUCAUAUGUCUUCUACUCGCUCUACAAUGGGGCGGCAUUACAUACGCAUGGUCCGACGCCCGCAUCAUCGUCCUUCUCGUCCUCUCGGGCAUUUUGAUCAUUAGCUUUAUCUUUGUCCAGCACUGGCGACAGGAGUUUGCAACACUACCUCCACGGAUCCUGAAGCACCGCUCUAUUAUCGCAGGCUUCAUCUAUUCCUUUUUCAGCGGGGCUAAUAUGAUUGUCUUCGUCUACUUCCUCCAGAUCUGGUUCCAAGCCAUCAAGGGUGUGACGGCGGUUCAUGCGGGGAUCAUGAAUAUCCCAGCUAUACUGGCAUUGACCCUUGCUGCCCUGAUCGCGGGGAUCGGCACGAAGAAAAUAGGUUACUACACACAAUGGAUGUAUCUGUCCACCGUCAUGAGCCCUAUUGGCGCCGGGCUGAUCUCUACGUUCACCACAACCACCAACCACCAAGCGUGGAUCGGCUAUCAAGUGAUUUGGGGCUUGGGCCUCGGCCUGGGCAUGCAACAACCCAGCAUGGCUGCUCAGACGGUCCUAUCCAAAGCCGAUAUCCCCACGGGCAUAUCCAUAAUGUUUUUCGCUCAAACUUUGGGUGGAGCUGUUAUUGUCAGCAUCGCCAACAACAUCUUUGGCAAUAAAUUGGGGGCUGGCCUGGCCACCAUUCCUGGGGUCGAUGGCGACUUGGUGGCUCACAUCGGUGCCACUGAUCUGAGAAAGGUGGUCACUGAGCAAGCUCUUCCGGCCGUGCUGGAAGUAUACAACUUGGCCCUCAGAUAUGCGUUUUACGUAGGCACGGCGGUUGCGUGUGCCACCGUCUUCGGCACCGUUCCCAUGCAGUGGAUUAACCUGAACGCUGUCGCUGCAGAACAAAAAGCCGCGGCUGCGGCUGCAGCUAGCGCCCAAGAGACUGCUACCGCUGCAAAGCAGAGUCCGCCUGAAAGUACUGUCGGCGCUGAAGAGAAUUUGACGGACAAAGAAGAGGGUGGCGAAGGCCGAGAGGACAACAACUCGCGAGGCCACCAAGCAGUCGCGAAGAAGACUGAAGAGGUGUAG